AUGGCUUCUUCAGUCCUGCGCGUAGGCGUCAUCUUCCUCCUCCUUGUCAUCCUCAUCCCUCUUCCCCCAACCUCCUCUGCUGCCAGUGUCACCCCCCCACCCACACCCUGGAGACAGGCCACCCGCUCCCCGACCACCAGCCCUAGGCAGCAGGGUGGCGCUCUUCUCCCUGGUCCCAAAGGCAGGAGCGGCGGGCGAAAAAACGUCCCGAUCGGACGACCCAAGCCCUAUCAGCCAGCCAGGGGGCUGGAAACACCCCCGAGGCCGUUAGCUCAGGUAAUGGGGCCUAAUGACACGGCGAACGCCCUGAAGCCCCCCCACGGCGCCGCACAGGCCCCGCCCUCUCCCGGCAGGCUGGUGGAGGUGGACGUCUGUCGCGGCUACUACGACGUGAUGGGCCAUUACGACCUGACCUUCAACUGCUCCAAGGACAACUUCAUCUACUGCUGCGGGACGUGCCAGUACCGCUUCUGCUGCCCGGACCGCACCAGGAGACUGGACCAGAACAUCUGUCAGAACUACAUCUCUCCGGUCUGGGCCAACACCGCACCCCCAGGCACGCGGACCCCGCCCCCCUUCGCUGACCCGGGCCUCAGCCGCAUCGAACAGAGCAACAACACCGUCUAUGUGAUCGGGGGAGUCAUCUCGUUUACGGUCGCCGUGGCCGUCGCCAUUAAAGUGGCGUUCCACAAGGCGUCACGGCAACCACGGAACAGAGAGCUCAACAUGCCCAGGGCGCUGGUGGAUAUGUUGCGUCACCAGUCGAGUCCUGUUCAACAGGGGGAGAGGAACAACAGUGUUGCCUUGGCAACCACCACAGGGGAGGGGACCCUGGGACGCCCGCCUAAAAACUUGUACCCCACUCUGCAGAGCAAAGAUAACCGACUGGGGAACUUGCAGCAUAAUUUUAUUCAUACCUCAGGAUCCAGCCCCAAACACACUGCUACCAUUGAGCGUACUCCGCGGAUGAAUAACAUGCAGAUUGCUCCUGGAGGAACUCUGAAACCGAGCAAACACACCAACGCCAUGAAGCCUCAGCCCUCCUUCCACCACUCUCUGCACAACCUGGCUCAGCUUCCCCCGUCGUACGAGGCGGCCGUCAAACCAGAGAUGAACAGAUACUCCUCCCUCAAACGCCUGGAGAAAGGGGGUUUGGAGGAAUAUUCCGGCUACUGCACCACCAAACGAAGACCCAACAACGCUCCUCCAUCCUUCCACUCCUCCCAGCAUCACCUCCACUGGGGUGGAGACUACACCCUCGGUGGGAGGGGCACGCUCCCCAACCGGCCCCGGAUACCACACCCCCAGUCUGCCCCCAGUCACACCCCAAACCCUUACCCCCUGGAGCCGACGGAUUCGCAACGUAACCAGACCGGCUACGACACGCUGUCCAAACCGCCGCGUCGCGUCAAGUCGACGGAUCAGCUCCUCGCCCUGGGUGAUGGAAACACCCUGUCCCGUCUCUCCAAGAACCAGCAGCACCAGUACUACAAAGCCAUGGCUGCUGCCACAGCCAAAAACUCCAACGCCCAGAACACCUUGCGCAAGUCCAGAGAGAGGCUGCUAAUGUCGCCAGACCACCUGGAGGAACAGGUUGGCGGAGGUUCGUCGAUGGGCGUGGUCGAUUACGGAGGAGGGGGCGGCGGUCCCGGGAUGGGCAUGUCCGAUUAUGGAAGCAGCAGCAGCGGGAUCGGCAGCAUGGGCAUGGGCGUGGGAGUGGGCGUGCCCACGUUGCCUCGUCACCAGAAGGCCCAAUCGCAGCAGAACGUGUGCACCACGCCUUCCCUGGACCGACAUCACAUGAUCAAGAUGAACUCGCACCCGACGUCCGGGCGGGAGCAGGAGCGGAACGCGGGUCACCUUGGCGGGGGCGGCGUCGGAGGGAUGGGCUGGGGAGACAUGCCGGGCACCGGGGUUGUCAUGGGAACGGGAACCCUCGGCGGACACAGCGCCAGGCGGUUAGCGUUCGCGGCUAAGAGGCAGAACACCAUCGAGCAGCUUCACUUUAUUCCCGGGGGAGGGGGGACAGGCGGCGGGGGAGGGGUCGGCGGAAACCAGGGUGUCAGAACAGGCAGUAAGAAUGAAGUGACCGUGUGA